AUGGCCGAUUGGAUCGUCUCGAUUGUAGUGGAAAAGUUGAACACCAUCGUCCAAGAUGAGGUGGCUUGGUUGUUGGGUGUCAAUGACAAGUUUGAAGAGGUUUCCCGUAUGGUCACCUCGAUCCAAGGUUUUCUUGAAGACGCUGAGUCACGGCGUCUGAAGGAUAAAGCGGUGGAAAUCUGGGUGGAGAGGGUCAAAGACGUGGCGUACGAUGUGGACGACGUGAUAGAAUGGACGAUGGAAGCUCUCAUAUCACAAGCACAGGUGAUGGAAGCUCAAAGAUCACAAGAACCCGUUGAAGUUGAUGGGUCCUCUUUCAGCAAGAAGACGGUAAGCAGUUUCUUCUCACCUGUUACUUCCUUCAAUCAUUUCGUGUUACGCCACAGAAUUAAGAAUAAGAUAGAGGAGGUGAGGGGUAGAUUACGUGAUAUCGCUAAAGAGAAGAAUCAAUUGGGUCUUAGAGCAGAUAGUGGGGAGGGUGAUAGCGUGGAUAGUGACUUGAGGCGGGGUGAGAUCAGAGAGCGAGAGACAAGCUCCCUAGUCAACCCACUAUCAGUGAUAGGUAGAGAAGGUGAAAAGAAUGAAGUCCUAAACUUGCUGCUGCAGGAGGUAACUGCGGUGCCCUUGGUUAUUUCUAUCGUUGGAAUGGGGGGGUUGGGCAAGACCACCCUUGCUCUGCUCGUCUACAACGAUGAGAAAGUGAAGGGGCAUUUUGACAUGAGAAUAUGGGUAUGUGUUUCUAAGGAUUUUGAUUUAAAACAGAUUAUGAAAUCAAUUAUAAAAUCUGCACACGUUGAGUUUAAUGGUGAAGAUUUAGACUUGGAUCAUUUGCAAAUUCACCUCCAUAAAAUGUUGCAUGGAAAACGAUUCUUGGUUGUGCUCGACGAUGUUUGGAGCGAAGACAGUGAGAAGUGGGACAGGUUGAGACUUCCCUUCAAAGCUGGUGCACAAGGUAGUGGAAUCAUUGUAACCACUCACAGUGAAAGGGUUGCUUUGGCAAUGGGAAGAAGUCACAUUCACAAACUGCCGCUCUUGUCCUAUGAUGACUGUUGGUUAUUAUUCAGUGGAAGAGCGCUUGAGCAUCGGAGUGCAGAAGAGCGUCUGGAGUUGGAAGAGAUAGGAAGGAAAAUCGUAAAGAAGUGUGGAGGCGUGCCUCUCGCCGUAAUUACAAUAGCGAGUACCAUGCACUCAAGAAGGACGAGAGUGGACUGGGAGUUUGUCUUCGAAAGCGACCUAUGGAACUUAAGUGAUGUCCUGGGAGGCAUUUUACCAAAUUUGUUACUUAGCUACCAGGAAUUGCCUCCUGCUCUGAAGCAGUGCUUCAUAUACUGCUCUAUUUUCCCAAAAGAUUGGCGGUUAGAGAAAGAUACGAUGGUCAAGUUAUGGGCCGCCCAAGGCUUCAUCCGCUCCAAAGGAAGUACAGACCUGGAGGAAAUUGGACGGCUGUAUUUUGAUGAUUUACUAAAACUCUCAUUACUCCAAGAUGCAGAACUCGAUGAUGACAAAAAAUUACUCAGUUGCAAGAUGCAUGAUUUAGUUCACGAUCUCGCACAAUCUCUUGCAGGAAGUGACUAUUCGGUUGUGGAGAUCAGAAAGCAAGCCUCGUUGAACCUAAACGAUAUUCGGCGCCAUUCUUUUUUAAUUGGCAGUCAUGAAGCUGAUGAAGUGGCUUCCAUUUGGCCCACCUUGUAUAAGGCCCACAAGGUGCGGACGUUGCUACUAGAUGCAAAAAUCUCCAAGGUGCCAGACGAAUUAUUUCGUCAUUUGAAAUACCUUAGGGUCUUGGACUUGAGCCGCACUGACAUGAAGAAAUUUCCUCAAACAGUGCUACAGUUGAUACGUUUGAGAUAUCUUGAUUUAUCACGGUUGAUACAUUUGAGAUAUCUUGAUUUAUCUUACACAGGCAUAAAGAAGCUGCCAGCGUGGGUGAGCGAUUGCCGAAAUUUACAGACCCUGAAACUCAACGGCUGUGGUUUGCUGCACAAACUGCCUAGCGGGAUGGGGAAAAUGAGGAGCCUGAGACAUCUGGAAUUAAAAUGUCAUCUUACAAUUGAUUGUACUCACCAUCUGAGGUACUUACCGCAGGAUAUAGGGAGAGUAACUAGCCUUCGGACAUUAACAGAUUUCAUUGUGGGGGGUGACGACGAAGGAUGUAAAUGCGGAGAACUGAAACACCUCAAUAAUCUUCACGGAAGACUUCAAAUUUUCGGCUUGGAGAAUGUUGGGAGCAGUCAAGAAGCUAUGGAGGCAGAACUGGAUAAGAAGCAGCACCUUCAGGCUCUAUCCUUGCAGUACGACUACAGACGUGGCGAACCAUCGGUUGAUGACGUUAAGAAGACAGAGGAUGUGCUCGAAAGUCUCCGGCCCCACACAAACUUGAAAGAGUUAGAUAUAUGGUGUUACCAAGGUUCCAAGCUUCCCAAGUGGACAGAGGAUCUCUCCAAUCUAGUCAAGGUGAAUCUCAUUUAUUGUUGCAAGUUUAAACAACUGCCAGGUCUUGGUAAAUUUCCGUCUCUUAAAUACCUUACAAUUCGGGGUAUGAAAGAGGUGAGAUACGUGGGUGAUGAGUUUAGUGGGGAUAAUAACAAUGACGGAAGUGGUGGUGGCGUCUCAUUCCCCAAGCUGGAGACCCUCAUCUUCUCUGAAAUGCCAAACUGGGAAGAGUGGGAAUUGAGAGGUAGAGAUGGAGAGAUUAUGCCAUCACUCCUCCAAUUAGAAAUAAAUGACUGCACAAAGUUGAAGGCGUUGCCCUGGAACCUUCCACCUUCCAUCAAGAAGCUCACUUUAAACAUAAGCAAUGAUGGGAUGUCAUCAGGAGGGCCCUUGCCCGUACUUCCCUUCCUUAAGAAUUUGGUGAUUUCGAGGAGUCCUGAUCUGACAUCGCUCCCUUGUGCUUGGUUGGGACAACUCAAAGCCCUCGAACGUCUGGAAAUCCACAUGUGCCCAAGGUUGAGGUCUAUGUCAUUACCAGAGGAGCUGCAACACCUCACCAUGCUUCGAGAAUUGAAAAUAGAGAUGUGUCCACUCUUAGAAAAGCGCUGCCAAGGAGGUGAAGAAUAUCGGUACACGAUCGCCCACAUCCCUAACAUCAGCAUUGGUCAUCCUUCGUAUCAGUAA